AUGUCUUCAGCAGAGAAGGAUGUGGAUAGUAGUGCUAAGGGUGGCUGGUUUAAUCCAGUACCAACAAAAGCAUGGUGGCAUACAGUUUUACUGCAUAUUCUGAAAAUGGGACCAAUGCCGAAACAUAUUGCGUUCAUCAUGGACGGAAACCGGCGAUAUGCACGUUCGCAUUCCUAUUCAUCGGUUUUAGAUGGACACUCAAAAGGUUUCGAGCAGUUGACGAAAAUAUUAGAAUGGUGUCGUUUUUUAUGUGUUACUGAAGUGACCAUCUACGCCUUUAGCAUAGAGAAUUUCAAAAGAAGUGAAGAGGAAGUGAACGGUUUGAUGAAAUUAUUCGAGAAUAAACUUCAUAAAUUAUUUGAAGAAAAGGAGAAGUUGGCCGAGAAAGAGAUAUCGGUGCGUUUUUUCGGUGAUCUUUCUUAUUUGCCAGUUGGGAUUAGAAAAUUGGCCGCACAUGUGGAAUUGUUAACGAGUUCAUAUAAAAAGCAUAUAAUAAACGUUUGUGUUGCAUACACAGCACAGGACGAGAUGAGACGUGCUUUCACGUCGAUCAGCCGGGGUGUUCAGAAGGGUUUAUUGGACGAAGAUGACAUCAACGAGUAUGUGAUAUCGAAAUGUUUGGAUAGUCGAAAGUCUGCGCAUGAUCCGGAUUUGUUGAUUCGAACUAGUGGUGAGAAACGGCUCAGUGAUUUCCUUUUAUGGCAGUGUUCCAGUUGCUAUAUUCAUUUUGAAGAUGUUCUAUGGCCCGACUUUGAUUUCUGGCAUUUAUGCAAGGCAAUAUUCGGUUAUCAGUACAAUUUGAAAUAUAUACAGGUUGUAUUUCUUGAAAAUAAUACUUCAAGUGAAAAUUUUCGUAUAGAAUUUAAAUCUAUUCGUUGA